CCCAUAUAUCCUUUCUCGUUUCGGCCAACGAAACUGGAUGAAUGCAGCGCGGAGCUGUGUUCGUACUAUUACUGCACACACACAAAGAGAGAAAGACAGAUGGCGAUGUUAAGCGCGUUUCUAGGAAGUUUGACUCCUACCAGCCACCGUCUAUUUUCUGCUGGAGCGAAGUGAAGUCGAAAGCGAGCUGGCGGGAGAGAAAUCGGAAGGGUGCGGAGAGCGACCAUGGCAGAUCAGGGACUGGAGAUGGCCUCCAUGAUCCCUGCCCUCAGGGAACUGGGCUGUGCUAAUCCAGAGGAGUACAAUACUGUUGUACAGAAGCCAAGACAAAUACUCUGUCAGUUCAUUGAUCGAAUCCUGGUGGAUGUAGAAGUUGUGGCUUUAGAACUUGUUAAGAAAACUGAAUCACAGCCAAGUUCAGUCAUGUUGCUCGAUUUUAUUCUACAUAUCAUGAAAUCUUCUCCACUUGUAUUUGUAAAUGGAACAGUAAUUCAUCAGCAAAGUGUCACCGAAUCGAGCUGUACUGAAUUUAGCUGCUGGAUCAUAGCAAGGCUUUUGAGAAUUGCUGCCACUCCAAACUGCCACAUUUUACAUGAGAACAUCAGUAACGUAGUUUGCUCCUUACUGUGUCUUUUCAAAGUCAAGAACUGUGCCAUAUUUAACUUGUUGACAAGAGAAUUGCUGCAUCUUCUUCAAGAUCUGAUUUUACUCCAUGAAGGAAAUGUGGGGGCUCACUUCCAGGGGGAUUCAUUCAGCUGGCCUGUGAUUCUGAAAAGAUUUUCAUGCACUCCCAACGUACAUACGGGCUAUUUAAGUUCUGUCCAGCUACAGUUAAUGAACAUGAGCAAUGUAGAAUGCUUGGAGAUAACUUUGAUGAGAAUUCUUACUGAAAUAGUUUCUUAUGUGCUUUUUAAGCCACAGGAUAUUACCCUUUGGGAAAUAGGAUGUUCUCUGUUGGACUAUGGGAGUCCAAAGGUUAAGGUUUUGAGUAUGACCUUUUUAACAGAACUGGUGCAACUAGGAGGUCCUCCGGAAGAGCUAGCCAACAGUUUCUUCUCAAUUUUUUUUGGUGUGUUGCAGUCCAUCCAUGAAAUGGAUGCUGCAAAGUUGGAGCUAUAUGAGGAGCCAUUGUUAAUAUUGGUGAGAACUUUAUUUCCUUUUGAAGUGCAUUCCUAUCAGAAUAUUGAACCUAUUUAUCUAAACAUACUUCUGGAGAAGCUCCAUGCAUUAUUUGAAGCUGAUGUGCUGAGGUUUCUUCAGGCUGAGAAGAUGAAAGGAGUGUUAUGUCACAUACUGCAGUAUUUCAUGAUGUUUGUGCCAGCUGGAUAUGAAUCUGCUGUUUCAGUUAGAAAGAUCCGUAUUAACAACAUCUGCAGAUUUUUUGUUGCAGUAGUUGGAAGCCAGGAGGAGCAGGAGUAUCUGCUGAGUCCACUGUAUGCAGCCUUGAAGACAGAAGCAGAAGAGAUCAUCCAGGAAUGUGGCAAGAAUCCAGAGACAUCUGAUACUGAUGGAGGGAGCAGUAGCAGUGAUGAAGUUCCAGAAAAAAGGCUGCGUCUAAGUCUGUCCUUAAGGCAGUCUAAAAAGUUGGCAGCUCCACCAGACCUCAGUGCACUGAAUAUGAAAAUGAAGAGCAUGCUGUGGAAUGCUAUAAGCAAGAAAGCAGAAUCUCUGCUCUUGGUCUUGGAACAAGACAUUAUUCCAGUGGAAGUUCUACAAACGAUAGAGGGAGUUGCUUUCAUAAUUCAACUAGCUGUUCUGUGCACUGUGCACUGUGCACUAAAUACCAACAGCAUACAUCAUCAAAUUGCUCAUCUGUGUAAUUUAUGCAAUCAUAAACAUAAUACUGUUUGGCCUUCAGAAUCAGCAGAGCGUGUCCAGUUAAUCUGGAUUUCUUCAGAAUUUAUUAUGAGAUCACUUAAAGUCUGUUGGAAGCUUUUAGAUCCUGCUUCACAGAUAACUGAUCUAGAACCAGUGAUUCGAAGAGUGGUGAAAAUAAUUGAUGCCUUACUUUACAUGCAAGUAAAAUUCCAGUUUAAUGAUGAAAUUAUUGAAAACUUAUUUGGAAUACUGUCGUUGCCAUGGAUUUCCAGCCAUUCCGAUGACCCUUCAUUCAGGCUGCCUGCACUGAAUUCAGAUCUUCUGGCUUUGAGUAGACAUACUUCAAGCCAUUUUUCAUCCGAGAUUCAGUCGAAUUGUGUGUUACUUCUUUCUCUGAUCCCAAAAAGAUUACACCUGAAGUGGAGGACUUCUGUUUAUCAGCAUCUCCUACAGAGCCCCCAUGAAAUUAUCAGAGCUAACUGUGUGAAAGGGUUUCCUUUUUUGCUACACCAGUCAAGUGUAAAAUCUUGCACCACACUGCCUGCCUCUUUCUUAGACCGUGUUGGGGAUGAAUCUCUUCUAGUCCAAAAGGCUUAUGCCAGUAUCAUCGGAAAACUGGCUUGCUGUCUUUCUGGCAACUUUCAUUUAAGACCUUCCAUAACUAAACCUGAUAUUGAGCCCCGAAGUUGGGACAUCCUUUGCAGCAAACUUACCGUGAUUUCUUCUUGUGAGCAAACGUGUACAGUGAGAGCAGAUGUUUUUAAGCCUUUUUUAAAUCUUCUUGAAAGCAACAUAGCUAGUUCAGUGAAGCUUGUUUUAAUAGAAAACAUUCCUCUGCUUUGUAAACACUUGGACUUCAAAAAAGAUGGAUUAAAUGUAAAAGUUAUUAUUGGGGCUUUCUUAAAACUAAUGGAAGAUCCAAAAAAAGAUGUAAGAAUGGCCUUUAGUGGGUGCAUCAAAUACAUAUUGGAUUCUUCAGACUCUGAGGAAGGAUUUAUCAAAGAGCUCUUUGUUUCCAGAAUGAAAGAAGCCUAUACAAAUGCUAAAAUAUCAAAAAAUAGUGAGCUGAAGGAUACACUGAUUCUCACAACAGGUGAUAUUGGAAGGGCAGCAAAGGGGAAUUUGGUGCCCUUUGCACUCUUGCACUUGUUGCAUUGCUUGUUGUCCAAAUCAGCAUCUGUGGCUGGAGCAGCAUAUACAGAAAUCCGAACACUGUCUGCUGCCAAGUCUGUAAAGCUGCAAGCUUUUUUCAGUCAGUACAAGAAACCAAUCUGUCAGUUUUUAGUGGAAUCUCUACACUCCAGUCAGGCGGCAAUGAUUUCUAACACUCCCUGCCAAAGCAAUGAAAUACAGAAACAAGAAAUUGCUCAUCAGAGGGAGGCGGCCUUGGACAUGUUAUCAGAAAUUGCUAAUGUUUUUGAUUUUCCAGACCUCAAUCGUUUUCUCAGUCGAAUUCUCCAAGUUCUUUUGCCUGACCUUGCUGCCAAGGCCAGCCCUGCAGCCUCUGUGCUUAUUCGUACAAUAGCAAAACAGCUAAACGUAAACCGCAGAGAGAUCCUCAUCAACAAUUUCAAGUACAUCUUUUCUCAUCUAGUCUGCUUCUGUAGUAAAGAUGAGCUGGAGCGAGCACUUCACUAUCUCAAGAAUGAAACAGAAAUAGAACUUGGAAGUUUGCUGAGACAGGACUACCAGGGAUUGCAUAAUGAAUUAUUGCUUCGUAUAGGAGAGCACUAUCAGCAGGUCUUCAAUGGCUUAUCAAUUCUGGCUUCAUUUGCCUCUAAUGAUGACCCAUAUCAGGGACCCAAGGACAUUACCUCUCCUGAACGAAUGGCUGAUUAUCUGCAACCAAAAUUGCUGGGUAUCUUGGCCUUCUUCAACAUGCAGUUGUUAAGCUCCAGUAUUGGAAUUGAAGAUAAGAAAAUGGCCUUAAAUAGUUUGAUGGCUUUAAUGAGGCUUAUGGGCCCCAAACAUGUAAGUGCAGUAAGAGUAAAGAUGAUGACAACACUCAGGACGGGGCUAAGAUAUAAAGAUGAUUUCCCAGAGUUGUGCUGCAAGGCUUGGGACUGCUUUGUGAAAUGCUUGGAUCAAGCUCAUCUUGGCUCUCUUCUCAGUCAUGUGAUAGUAGCUCUAUUGCCCCUCAUACAUAUUCAGCCAAAAGAAACAGCAGCAGUGUUCCGUUUUCUUAUCAUUGAGAACAGGGAUGCAGUACAAGACUUCCUGCAUGAAAUUUAUUUUCUUCCUGACCAUCCUGAACUAAAAGACAUCCAAACAGUUCUUCAAGACUAUCGGAAGGAGACGUCCAGGAGUACAGACUUGCAGACAGCACUGCAGCUCCCCAUGAAGGCUAUACAGCAUGAGAAUGUCGAUGUUCGGAUUCAUGCUCUCACCAGCCUGAAGGAAACAUUAUAUAAAAACCAAGAGAAGCUGAUAAAAUAUGCAACAGAUAGUGAAACUGUUGAACCAGUUAUUUCUCAGCUGGUGACUGUCCUUUUGAUUGGCUGUCAGGAUGUCAAUUCUCAUGCACGGCUACUUUGUGGAGAAUGUUUAGGUGAACUGGGAGCUGUAGAUCCAGGCAGGCUGGACUUCUCAACAAGCGACAACCAAGGAAAAGGGCUAACAUUUGUGACUGGUGUAGAAGAUCCACAUUUUGCCUAUGGAUUAUUCAUGGAGUUGACAAGAGCAUUCCUUGCUUAUGCUGAUAACGUGCGGGCUCAGGAUUCUGCUUCAUAUGCUAUUCAGGAGUUACUUUCUAUCUAUGAGUGUAGGGAGACAACUAUUGACUGUCCCGGAGGCAAGCUUUGGAAAAUGUUUCCUGAUCAUAUUCAGGAAAUAUUGGAGCCUCAUUUAAGUACACGAUACAAGAGUUAUCAAAAGGCUUUAAACUGGUCCAAGGUUAAAAAGCCAAUUUACUUAAGCAAAUUAGGCAAAAACUUUGCAGAAUGGUCAGCAACUUGGGCUGGAUAUCUUAUAACUAAGGUGCGACAUGAUCUUGCCAGUAAGGUUUUCAACUGCUGCAGCAUUAUGAUGAAGAAUGACUUCAAGGUGACAAUCUAUCUGCUUCCCCACAUUCUUGUCUAUAUUCUUUUGGGAUGUAAUCAGGAGGAUCAGCAAGAGAUUUAUGCUGAAAUCAUGGCUGUUCUGAAAGAUGAUGACCCUUGUGCAAGACAAUGUGAAGAUAAUGCUUCAGAUCUAAGUCAUUUAAGCACACAGACAGUAUUCUCUAUGCUUGAUCAUCUAACACAAUGGGCUAGGUAUAAAUUCCAAAGCCUGAGUGCUGAGAAAGCUGCUAGCAAGUCAAGUAAAGACCACGCAGAAUUGCGAGCACCAAAUGAGGAAUAUGGAGAAUAUCAAAGUGUAGUUCACUUUCUUGACCUCAUACCUCAGGACACAUUGGCUGCGGCUUCUUUUCGCUCCAAAGCCUACACAAGAGCAGUAAUGCACUUCGAAUCAUUCAUCAUGGAAAAGAAACAAAACAUUCAAGAGCAUCUUGGAUUUCUUCAGAAACUGUAUGCAGCUAUGCAUGAACCAGAUGGUGUGGAAGGAGUGAGUGCAAUGCGGAAGGCAGAGCCAUCACUCAAAGAGCAGAUCCUUGAACACGAAAGCAUUGGCUUGUUGAGAGAUGCCACAGCUUGCUAUGAUAGAGCAAUGCAGCUAGAGCCUGACCAGAUAAUUCAUUAUCAUGGUGUGGUGAAGUCUAUGUUAGGUCUUGGUCAGUUGUCUACCGUAAUCACUCAAGUGAAUGGAGUACUUGCUAAAAGACCUGAGUGGACACCUGAAUUAAACACUUACAGAGUGGAAGCAGCCUGGAAACUGACACAGUGGGAUUCUCUGGAACAUUACCUAGCUGCAGAUUGGAAGUCUAAUACAUGGAGUGUUAGGCUUGGCCAGUUGUUACUAUCAGCCAAAAAGAAAGAUUCUGCCAGGCUCUAUGAAACUUUGAAAGUAGUUCGAGCAGAACAGAUAGUUCCUCUUUCAGCAGCAAGUUUUGAAAGGGGAUCGUAUCAACGAGGUUAUGAAUAUAUUAUCAGGCUACACAUGUUGUGUGAGUUGGAGCACAGCAUUGGAUCGGUGCUUCAGCAGCCUGAUAGUGAUUAUGGUAAAGAUUCACUGAAUUGGCACGCUCGUAUAGAAAUGACACAAAACUCAUACAGAGCUAAAGAGCCCAUCCUGGCACUUAGACGGGCUUUGCUGAGCCUCACUAAAAGACAGGAUUACAGUGAGCAGAUGGGAGAAUGUUGGCUCCAAAGCGCCCGAGUUGCCCGUAAAGCUGGUCAUCAUCAAACAGCAUAUAAUGCUCUCCUCAAUGCUGGUGAAUCAAAGUUAUCUGAACUAUAUGUAGAAAGAGCAAAGUGGCUAUGGUCUAAGGGUGACGCUCAUCAGGGCCUUAUCAUUCUUCAGAAGGGGGUUGAGUUGUGUUUUCCUGAUAAUCAAGUACCAUCUGACCCUAAAAGUAAGCUUAUUCAUGGGCAAGCCCUGUUGCUGGUGGGCAGAUUUAUGGAAGAAACAGCCAACUUUGAGAGUAAUGCAGUAAUGAAAAAAUAUAAGGAUGUUACUGCUUACUUGCCUGAAUGGGAGAAUGGACACUUCUACCUUGCUAAAUACUAUGAUAAAGUAAUGCCUACAGUAACAGAAAACAAGAUGGAAAAACAGGGAGAUCUGAUUAAGUACAUAGUUGUUCACUUUGGAAGAUCUUUACAUUUUGGAAAUCAGUUUAUCUAUCAAUCUAUGCCAAGAAUGCUAUCUUUGUGGCUUGACUUUGGAGCAAAAGCAUAUGAAUACGACAAAGCUGGUCGCCAUGAUCGUGCACAAAUGAAAAAUGAUUUGGCUAAAAUCAACAAGGCAAUUACCGAGCACACACAGCUUUUGGCUCCUUACCAGUUUUUGACAGCUUUCUCUCAGCUGAUCUCCAGAAUCUGCCACUCCCAUGAUGAAGUGUUUGUUGUUCUUAUGGCAAUCAUUGCAAAAGUUUUUCUAGCCUAUCCUCAACAAGCCAUGUGGAUGAUGACUGCUGUAUCCAAGUCCUCCUAUCCAAUGCGUGUAAACAGAUGCAAGGAAAUCUUCAACAAAGCUAUUCAUAUGAAGCCAUCUUUGGGAAAGUUUAUUGGAGAUGCAGCUCGCCUGACAGAUAAACUCCUAGAGCUGUGUAACAAAUCGGUUGAUGGGAACACCUCCACAUUAAGCAUGGGUAUUCAUUUCAAAAGUCUCAAGAAGCUGAUAGAAGAGCAGACAUUUAGUGAGAUUCUUAUCCCUUUGCAAGCUGUAAUGAUUGCUACUCUCCCUUCAGUUCCUGGCACACAUUCCGAUCAUGAUCCUUUUCCUGGAUGUUGGCCUUAUAUUGCUGGUUUUGAUGAUUCGGUUGAAAUCCUUGCAUCUCUUCAAAAACCCAAGAAGAUUACUUUAAAAGGUUCAGAUGGGAAAUCUUAUAUCAUGAUGUGCAAACCAAAAGAUGACAUGAGAAAGGACUGUCGACUCAUGGAGUUCAACUCCCUGAUAAAUAAGUGCUUAAGAAAAGAUGCAGAGUCACGUAGGAGAGAACUCCACAUCCGGACCUAUGCCGUUAUUCCUCUGAAUGAGGAAUGUGGAAUAAUUGAAUGGGUGAACAACACAGCUGGCUUGAGAAAUAUCCUGAUCAAAUUAUACAAGGAGAAAGGUGUCUACAUGUCUGGGAAAGAGCUCCGUCAAUAUAUGCUUCCAAAAACAGCACCUUUAAUGGAAAAGCUGAAAGUUUACAAAGAAACCCUACUUCCCCGGCACCCUCCAAUUUUUCAUGAAUGGUUUCUGAGAAAAUUCCCUGAUCCUACUUCAUGGUACAGCAGUAGAUCAGCAUAUUGUCGUUCCACUGCAGUGAUGUCCAUGGUUGGGUAUAUACUAGGCCUUGGGGACCGUCACGGAGAAAAUAUUCUGUUUGAUUCCUUAACGGGUGACUGCGUGCAUGUGGAUUUCAACUGUCUGUUCAAUAAGGGAGAAACGUUUGAAUUUCCAGAGAUUGUUCCAUUUCGUCUUACUCAUAACAUGGUCAAUGGGAUGGGUCCAAUGGGGACAGAAGGUCUCUUCCGAAGAGCUUGUGAAGUUACACUGAGACUUAUGCGUGACCAGAGAGAACCACUUAUGAGUGUUUUGAAGACUUUUCUCCAUGAUCCUCUUGUGGAGUGGAGUAAACCAGUGAGAGGCAAUACAAAAACUCUAGUGAACGAAACUGGAGAAAUUGUCAAUGAAAAGGCCAAGACCCAUGUUUUGGAUAUAGAUCAGCGACUACAGGGUGUGAUUAAGAACAGGAAUAGAGUAAAGGGCCUGCCUUUGUCAAUUGAAGGGCAUGUUCACCAUCUCAUUCAAGAUGCAACGGAUGAGAACUUGCUGUGUCAGAUGUACCUUGGCUGGGCUCCAUAUAUGUGAACUUUUACUAUUUGCAAAUUAGUUGCUGUAAUAUGAGGCUGGGGUGAUCUGAGAGAGCUGUUUUUUAAAGUAAAAAAUUAACAUUUUAUAUAGUUUCUCCUUUGCACUUAUGUGUUUCAUUUCCUGCUUUUGUUUGUAUUGCAUAUUUGUAUAUAAAUGCUACUUUCAUUUGUAUAUUUGAAAAGCCACUUAUACAGAUCAUUAUAGAGCUGAAACCUUAUAUUUUAAAAAGUUUGAAUACAGCAUUUGAGCUACUCGAUGCACCAUGUUUUUAUUUUGUACCUAAAAUCCAUCUCUAUUAAAUAGGUUUGCGUAAUACCAA